GAAAUCAGCAGCAGGCAGCGCAACAUCUCAACUCGAUUUCAGCUUCAGCUCUAUUUUUUUGGAAAGUAUUUUGUCGACACAAAGUGAUUUUCAUUUACGUCCGCGUACCAUGACCGAACAAUCAGCAUUACUUCUCCGAAAGCAACUGGCAGAGCUCAACAAGAACCCCGUAGAGGGCUUUUCAGCUGGUCUGAUAGAUGAUGAUGACAUUUAUAAAUGGGAAGUUGUGAUCAUUGGUCCACAAGAUACCCUUUUCGAAGGAGGGUUUUUCAAAGCCUACCUCACCUUCCCUUAUGAUUAUCCACUACGGCCUCCAAAGAUGAAGUUCAUCACGGAAAUCUGGCACCCAAAUGUUGCAAAGAACGGAGACGUCUGCAUCUCAAUUCUGCACGAGCCAGGAGAAGAUAAGUUUGGUUAUGAGAAGCCGGAGGAGCGCUGGCUUCCGAUCCACACGGUAGAGACAAUCAUGAUUAGCGUUAUCUCCAUGCUGGCAGACCCCAACAGCGACUCACCAGCUAAUGUGGAUGCGGCGAAAGAGUGGAGGGAGGACCCUAACGGCGAGUUCAAGAGGAAGGUGGCUCGCUGCGUAAGAAAGAGUCAAGAGAUGGCUUUUGAUUAGCACUCAAUUGUAAAUUCCAGGUUAAAGGAAAUGCCUUCAGAGGGAAAAUGUCAGCAAACGGCUUUUGCACCCCUUGUUUUGCCAGUCCGACGAAUCGGUUGUCCUCAACCAGGUUUCUGUGAGCGGUCGUCGUUCCCCACAAGAUGAGCCCAUUUGAGAUCCUUACCAGCGAAAUUAACCCGUUUCCUACCUGGAAUUGUAUAUUUAAUUUUAUUUAUUUUGAAAGAAAUUAAUGAUGUAAAAUAUGUCACUACUGUAAAUUAACUUGCUUUUUUUUAUCUGCUGCUGAACAGUUUCUACUUUAUACCAGGUUUCUUAUGCAAUUUAGUGGUCGAGAUUGUGUAAACAAAACCCCCGUUACCCAUUAGGUCAUCACGUGUCCUCCCGACCGAAGACUUCCCACCAGAUUAGCGUCAGGCCAACAAAUCUCCGUCGAUAGAUGUGAUUACUUUCAACGCUGUCAUUGAAUCACUGUUGCCUUUCGAUGGCUUCACUUCCUCACAGUCCGCUGGUUGAGAACCUUUAGAGUAUUUUCAUACGGUCUUUAUUUUUCUGGGAAAGGGCCUCCUGCUAGCGUCACCUCCUCAUGCUUGUGCAUGUCGAAGAGAUAUAAAACCACGAAUCUCCAAUCCGCAUGAUCCCCUCAAACGGCUCUGUCGUGUAUCGUUGCUCGCUGUAGAUGUCCAUGGAAUGGCUUAAUUUAACUGAUUUAAGAGUUGUGGUUUUAUAAUGUAUUGAGUUGCACAAGCGUAGCGAAUGGUAACGGAAGGUCUGUGCCAACUUCUCAGGAUAAAACUAAACUACUAAAUUAGGGUCUCGCUUUGCAAUCGGUACCGUAAACCCCUAACAUCCCUGAACCUCUCCUUUUUAACACGUUAAUUACCACAUGGUCUGAUGUCGUUUCACAACGUUAUUAUAAAUCCCGGACAACCAAAUGCACUCCCCGUGUGUAAUGGUUAACUGGCAUCUGAGUUCAACUCAAUUUAUAAAGGUUAAUACAUUUGAUGAGGAUUCCAGUUUGAGUUAUCAAUCUGUAAACACGGAGGAUUUAAGCGGGCUCCAUCGUAGAAUUAGGCGAGGCGUUCUUUCUUUGUUUGCGGCACAUUCGGCUUCCCGUCACCAGCGUGUGGGUAAAGGAUGAUGGAUCUUUGGGUAGAUUGUUGAGUAAAGCUCCUUUUUAAUUCUAUUAACAUCUUGAGUUCUGAUUGUUUCAUACCUAGAUAAUAUUUAUCACCUUUUACUUAAUCACUGAAUUUGGGUUGGAAUUCUUGAUAGAGACUUGAAGUUAACUCUCCACUUAGUAAAGUAUAAAUGAGUGUUCUGAUGGGGAACAUGAACACAAUCCUGCAUCUAGGUUUUAUUUUUUAAUGAAUACACAGUCGUGUUCGGGUGGGGUCUGGAAAACCAUCGGCUUAAUUAGUUCACUCUCAUCGAUGGUGUUGCUGACCGUUGAGCCAUUACGACAUCUAUUCUGAAUUAUGUUAUACAUGAUUAUGGUCUGUGACUGACAUUAGAAACAUGGCAAACCAUCUUUUGGCGCAUGCAAUCAGGUUUGAAGGAGUUGGGUCCGUUUAGAGAUGAAACCAUUUGUUAGUGCAUUCUGGGUGAAUGUGAUGUGUACAGUUAGUAGGUUCCUGUAGACUUUAUGAUCACAUAACUGCUGUGGACAUUACCUUUUGAAGUCAGAAUUUUCUAACCUACCAUGACCUCUGACCGGUGUUCACUGUAUUUGCACAGAUUCGGUGCAUUCGAAAUGUCAUUAAGCAAUACGCUGAGAAAAAUGGUGUAUCCAGGUAAUCCACCCUAACACCAUUAUUUUUUUCCAUUUUUUUUCUUCUUCCUUUUGUGUCAAUGCAAUGUAUAUUGGACAUGAUGCUCAAUAAAGUGUGUAAACAGA